AGCCAUUUCGGGUUAUGAUUUUUCUUGAUUCAUGUGUUGGUAUUACUGGUUGUAAAUCGCAUCCGUUUCUCAUGCACAAACAAAUCAAAUUUAAAUUUCAAGUGUAACAUGUAGGAAGUCUGGUGGAAGUAUACACUGUUUAGCGUAAUUGAUAUAUUCUAUUUGGUAAUCAUAUCAACAUUUUAAGUAAAGUAUGGAAGUACACUUAGACCCGAAGGAAGUCUUGGCUCACCUCAACGAAAUGGGAUAUAGAAACAUUACACCGGAGCAGUUACGGGAUUUCGUUCGAGAUUUGAAAAAACUCAUCAAAUAUGAUGUUCAGCAUUGUAAAUGUGAAAAUUGGCAUAGUGGACUCUGCACAACCUGUAGCAGUAGAUCUGCCACACCAAAUGAAAGGCCUCCACUCUCAUCAGUGAACGGAACACAGCACCAGCCAAGAGGCGACAAACUGUCGGAUGACAAAAAGCCUACCAAGACAGAUGCAUCAUGCAGAGAAUACACAGUUACAGCUGAAAUAAAAACUGGCUACCCAAAAAGCAAUAAAUUGAAGAAACCAGACAAUGUAAAGUUUGAAAAGGAAAAUAAAAUUGAAAUAGUAGAAUACACUAAACCAGCACCAUCUUUCAUCAAACCAUGGCAACUUCAACGGGGUUCGAUGCCAUCACGCAGUGAUCCUGUCUCCCUCUACCACAAGUACCAGACCUAUUGGCGCCAACAGAAAGUUCCUGGAGAGGAUAGUCGUGCUGAGUUACGUUGGAGAGUACGUGAAAAAAUGAUAGGACAGGAUCCACAUCCUCGGCCAGUUUCGAAAGCUUCUUCCGUGGAAUCCUUAUACCGAAGAAACAAGAGGUAAAUUUCAAACAAGCAGUUGUAAAGGUUUUCGAAUGGAUUCAUCUUUAUAGUUCCUUUUAAUGACUAUUUUUACUGUUGUUGUACAUUUGGAAGGUGUGUAAUAUAUUGAAACAAUUUGAUACUGUUAACAAAAAGUAAUUGCAUACAAACAUACCUGUACAUUAAAAGAAGAGUUUCCUAUUGUAAUUUCGUGAAAAAAGUACCUGACACUUUUUCAUUGUCACAUUUACAGUGAAAAUAUAAAUGUUAGAUCCAUCUGUAAGCUAUGUUAUGAAGUAGUUUAUUUGGAUUGACUGCAAUUGGUUCAUUCUUACUACGCUAAACAGUGUUUUUAUAUGCUUGUGUAGGUAAGGCAAAAUAUUCUUCUCUGUGUGACAUAAUCAUAAGUUUAUCAUCUUUAUCAUUUUUUAUUAAUUUUGUAAACAUGUAAAAGUCUGUAAGUUUUAACUAGUGAUUUUAGUUUAAAAUUUUAUUGUAAAUAUUGAUUUGUAAAUAUUUAGACUUACCGAGACU